UAAGGCGGAUCGAAAACAGGGACACAUAUGCUUAACUUUUCACUCAAAGAGAGGAAUGUGUGACUGAACAUCCCAUAUAUGAGAGAACUUGACUGCAUACAACAUGGCUACCAGCUGGCCCCCUAUUCUUCCAUCCACUGUCAAAUAUUUUUAUGGUCGGAUCACACGAGAAGAGGCAGAGUGUAUUCUGCAAGGACAUGGAGCAACAGAGGGGCUCUACCUCCUUCGGGAGAGCAUUGGAGUUCUUGGAAACUUUGCCAUCAGUAUCUGUCAUAAUAGCAACAUUCACCAUUACGCUAUAGAGAAGCAGCAUGAUGGUCAGUAUCGCAUUGGUCAAGGCCGUCCAUGCAUUGGUCCUGUAGAAUUGAUCCAGCAUCACCGUGUUGAUAUUGAUGGCUUUAUCACCGUUCCUACCCAUCCUUGUAAUCGACUCCCAGGCCAGUCCCCAAUAGCCUUCCGUGGAAUGACCUAUGUUGACCUUGAAAAUGCCUUAUUGACUAAGGCAGAAAAAGAAAAAAUAAAACCAGAAUCUAUUUUUGGAGCCCAAAGACAGCACCUUAUAUUAAAGGUGGCACUGGAUUUACACCAAAAACAACCAUGGUUUCAUAAUAGAAUUUCACGAGAUGAAGCUCUACAGCGUCUGCAGAGGGACUCAGAUCACCAGAAUGGGAAGUUCUUGGUACGCUUACGUGAUGACAAGAAAUCUUUUGCCUUAACACUUAUGUACAUGAAUGAGCCACGACACUACAUUAUACAGAAACAGUCAGGAGACGAUAAGUUAGGAAUUCCAGAAGGCCCCAAGUUUGAUUGUCUGCUUAUGAUGAUAGAUCACUACCAUAACAAGUCAGACGGUCUGUUAUGUAAACUUACAAGUCCCUGUGUGGUUCCAGGAUAUGACACCAAGAAGCUAUCUAAAUACCUGGAGAGUUGUAGCAAUAAUGUAAGCUACACAAGUUCAGCUAUUUUACAGCGUCAAAGCAGUGGAGAGCGUAAUCAACCACUAAGUCCUACGUCACGAACCCCAAGUACAAAACGACAGCUACCUGCUACCCCGAAAGAGGCCACCAAAGUUGUCAACCAAAACGGUGCUGCUAAUCGUCCCUCCUUGCCUUCCUCACGAAGGCCAAGUCUACCUCCACUACCAGCGCGAGAUGUUUUAAUCAGGGGCGAGUGGGAUCCCCCUGAGGCUAAUUCAAGAAGUAGAAUAGCUAUGGAUGAGGUGGAUUCUAAGAUCUAUGACACAGUGCCUCGAAACAAAGAGACAUUCAACCUGUCAAGGGACCAGAUCGUCCUGGAAGGAGAUUUGGGCUCAGGACAGUUUGGUUCAGUAAAGAAGGGAAAUUGUACACUACGUAGUGGCAAGGUGAUCCCUGUGGCAGUGAAAACACUGAAAAAUGAGGACAUUUCUGGUCAAGCAGAGAUGAAAAGAGAAGCAGAAUUAAUGAGCCAGCUGGUAAACCCAUACAUUGUCCGAAUGAUUGGGGUGUGCAGUGCUGACAAUAUCAUGCUUGUCCUUGAACUUCUGCCAAGUGGGCCUCUCAACAGUUACCUCAAAAGUCACAAAGAAACCCCACAGUGGAAUGUGUGCGAACUUAUGUGGCAAGUAGCAGAAGGCAUGAACUUUUUAUCCAGUAAGAACUUUGUUCAUCGUGAUCUUGCAGCCAGAAAUGUGUUACUCAGUAAUCCACACACAGCAAAGAUCAGUGACUUUGGGAUGUCAAAAGCAUUGGGGAGGGAAGGAAACUACUACGAGGCCAGUGAGGCAGGAAGAUGGCCUCUGAAGUGGUAUGCCCCUGAAUGUGUAUACUACUGGAAAUUUGACACCAAAUCUGAUGUAUGGAGCUAUGGAGUUACACUAUGGGAGGCAACGUCUUAUGGUGAAAAACCUUACAGGAGGAUGAAAGGUCAAGAAAUAUUGGAGUUUGUGGAAAGUGGUAGAAGGCUGGACAGACCAGAGCAAUGUCCAGAUGAUAUUUACCGUAUCAUGAUGGAAUGCUGGAGAUACGAGAAAAGAGAACGGCCAUCAUUUUCUGAGUUAGCUGUGAAGAUGGAAUACCAGUUUAAAAGUCUGCAGCAAGAUAAUUACUGAGCAUAUCAGGUUAUACUGGUGACAGAUUUCACUCUUCUGUGUUGGAGGGCAGGACUUAUCGUACUUAUAAUCUGUCCUUAAUUCUCUGUGUGAUAUUCAACACAGUGCUACAUACAUUACUGGUGACAGAUUUCACUCUUCUGUGUUGGAGGGCAGGACUUAUCGUACUUAUAAUCUGUCCUUAAUUCUGUGUGAUAUUCAACACAGUGCUACAUACAUUACUGGUGACAGAUUUCACUCUUCUGUGUUGGAGGGCAGGACUUAUCAUACUUAUAAUCUGUCCUUAAUUCUCUGUGUGAUAUUCAACACAGUGCUACAUGCAUUACUUGUGGGUGUAACAUACAUUACUGGUGAUUAUAACAUAUAUUACUGGUAUACCACAAAGUCAUAAUGGAUAAUUGACAUCGAACAUACUAAUUCAGCUUCACAUCAAGCGGAGGACAAGCCUAAACACAAAGAAUGUUUCUGUCUUUCUGAGGCUGAAGUUAAUCCAUGAAAGUCUGUUCUAACUUUUUCCUAUAGGCCAGCCACAUUUACCAUAUUUGGUAGUGGAUGGUAUCAGACACAUAUAAAACUGUAAACUAGUAUUGUUAUUGAAGUAUGGUUAUUAAUUAUUAACCAUCACAUUUACUGAACAAAUAUAAAGCUAUACCAAUCAAAGCCUAGUAUAAACACUGAGAUGUUGUUGUUUUUUUAGAAUAUAAGAGGCAAUAUAUGAAUUAUGUACAUUGUGUAAAUAUAUUUCUAUAAAUACAAUGUGUAUGGUGUGAAUGUAAGUUGGAGAAGUAUGUGAUAUCAUAUAAGGGCUAUUCAAGUACAAUAUCUGCCCCAUGUCAGAAACCUAGGUUUUGAAGGGUACCAUCCUUAGAAUUUAAUUGAUGAUUUACUUAGAAGUAAUAGGCCAAAAACAUGAACUGUGGAUUAAAUUAAUUAUUUUGGAAUCCUGGGAUUAGGUACCAGGUAGUUGUUUUACUGGAAUAGCCCUAAGUCAUAUUGGUUUCUGUGAAACAUUAGAGUGACAGUGUAAAGUCAGAGGGUUGUUCCACCUGACACAGCAAGGGAGGCAUGUCAGGAAUCUGUCACAAAAUCAUAACAUUUAAAAAUCAUAGAAAAUAAAUAUGUUACUUCCAUUAGUUCUUAAUUAUCAAAAGAAAAGUGAAAGACUUAUUUCUACUGGGGAAUAUCUGCAUGAUAUACUUUUCAUAAAAAUCCUUCUACUUACAUGUACUUAUUAGAUACUGGAGUAUCUUGUGAUAAUU